AUGUCUUGGCGUGUCAGGUUGUCGCAACACUGGGCCGAAGCGGCAGGUGUUGUCGAUGACGACUGGAUCACUGUUUGGACGCAGGUCCGUUCUGAGCUUGGAAUUUCAUUUGAAGCUGGCCAUCCAACUAUGCCAGCACCUUUGGAGGACGGUGGUAUCAGCAUGAGACCCCUCAGCAGUGAAGAGAUGAAGCAAUGGACAUCAAUUCUUUUGCAUUCAGUUCAGAUUGAAACAGAUGGACGUAGGUUGACGUCGCACAGUUGCAAGUGCACUUUGUUGUCCUGGUGCUCGAAAAGAGGAUUGCCCUGGGAGGAUCGGCUAGUGCUUGGAGGUCACACUUCGGCCGUGCGCUCAGCCUUGGUGUACGCUCGUGAUGGCCUUGGCCGCCCAUUGCGCAUGCUCGAGAAGCUGCUCUUGGAGGUGCGGCUAGGGCGUUUCUUGCCUGACGCUACAAGGAGUGGAAGAUUUCCUGGGCCUUUUGCUACAGCACCAGAUUCUGACGAUGGGGCUCACAGUGAAUUUUCGUAUGCUCCAAGUCUUGGUUUUGGAGACCCGGUUGAUGACACAGCCAACAGCACCUUUCAUGAUGGCUGUCUGAAACCUGUGGAGCCACGUGACAAGAGUUCAGAAGGUCCCCAUGCAGCUCUUGAAUGCAAGGUUGAAGCCUCUGGAUCCGUUUGGGAACUGGCAGAUAGCAGCGAGGUGAUUGACUUGGACACUUGCUCAGAGGACAGUGGAUGUUCAGUUGCCACCACCUCGUCUAGCUCGGAUGAGGAAGCCGCUGAGCUCAGCAGUGCCAGACGGCCAGUGCAUCCACCGAAAGUGCCAAACCAGUUGAAGCUCUUGCAGCACAAGAAACUCAAAACGUUGCACCUCAUGGAACUGCAGAAUCAAAGGAUCAUGCUUUGCGGGAGGGUGGCUGAGCCCAGCCGAUACGAGAGCGUGCAGGCUUGUAGGAAACUUGGAUUUGAGGCUGUAGCUGUUGACCAAACGAAGGAUCGGGGACGGCCAAUACCUGGCGAACAUCCCAAAGCCGGGCCUCAGCCACUUCGGUCCGAAGUCUUUCCUGACGGCUUGCCUGAUCUGAGCAGUCAUGAUCAGGCACGAGUAGACAAGGCCAACCGCAGCUAUAGUGUGGGUAUCCCUCGUGAACCGGCUGACUUCAUACGUGAUGCGGUGCGGAAAGGUCAUCCGAGAGAUAUCAUUGCGCAAGUGCCCCAAGAGAUUAAGACUGUUGUGCAUAGCAUGCUGAAUGGAGAUAUGCUGGGGCGCUUCAAGUCGAGGGCGACUUCCUUUGGGCCCUCCUUCAAGUCGCUUGGAGUAAUCUUUGAUGUUGGGGCCAUUCAUGACGGCACCUUCGCACUACAGCAUACCGAGAGCAGGAAGUCCGAGCUGGUGCAGCUUCUUGACAAUCUGAUAGGUGCGCAGAGAACGAUGAAUCAACUUGUCAAAGCCAUCUCGCUUGAGUCUUUACAGAAAAAGAAGGUGAUCACCUUCACCCCAGAUUUUCUUCAGACCUUGACGGACUUGAAGCAUGCGAUAGGGUCCUCUAAGCCUGUGGUGAUUUCUAAAACUCUUUGUACCACCUGGUAUGUCUUUACUGACGGCGCAUAUGAGCCUGAUUCAGAUGUUCUUGCCAGCAUUGGUGCAGUCUUGAUUUCACCGACGGGUACUCCAGUUCAGUGCUUUGGAGAGGUCGUCCCUAAGACCUUCGUGGACGAGCUAUUACAGCAUUCUUCUCAUCCUAUUUACGAGCUGGAAGUGCUUCCGGUAGUCAUGGCCACACGCCUGUGGAUGAAGUAUCUCACAGGGUGCCCCACAGUAUACUUCCUUGACAACGUUGCGGCCAGAGCAACGUAUAUCAAAGGUGUUGGUGCUACGCCUCCUUCCAUUCCUUUGCUCAAAGACUUUGUCCGUUUAGAGGCUAGGUUGAAGAUUUAUUCGUGGUUCGGUCGAGUGCCGAGUCAUUCGAACGUAGCGGAUUCUCCAAGCCGACUUGUCUUUGAUGACCCAGUCCUGUCGGGCUGUCCUCGAGUGCGGAUCAUCAAGUUGAGAUUGAACGUUUGUUUGGUCUUCAGUCUUCAUGUCUUACUUGAAGACACCCUACCUGCUGAUGCGAAGUGCCUGAGCACACGUUUUGUGCGCACUUGGCGCGAAAAGAAGGACGAUGCUGGCAAUGCAAUCUGGUUGAGGAGAAGCAGACUUGUGGCAAGGGAAUGCACUUGGUUGCAACCCGACAGAGAAGCCUUGUUCUCACCGGCUUCAUCCAACAUUGCAACCAGGAUCUUGCCCAUUUGUUUCCUUGCUUUGAGGGAACAUCAAGAGAUUUUGAUGCUUGCAAUUGAUGUGAAGGAUGCCUUCUUGACAGUUGAGCAAGAGCAACCCAUACGUGUCAGGUGCACUGACGCAAGUGGAACCUCGAUUUCCUACAGUCUUGGCCGAGUUCUGCCAGGUCAACGUGAUGGUAGCCUUCUCUGGCACAAAGAUCUAGUGAAGCUUCUCGAAAGCAGCAGCUUGAAAAUGGCCGAGAAUGAGGCCUACCCGUCUAUGCUGCGCUCAGCCAAAGGUGAUUGUUUGAUGUUGGUGCACAUCGAUGACAUUCUCAUCGUGGGCUCUAGGAAGACUGUCCUAGAGGGGCUUAUUCCGUCACUGCAGGCGAAGUACACAGUUUCCAUUGAGAUCAUGUCUGGACCAGGUGAUGAGGUGGCGUUUUUGAAGAAAACACACCAGUUGUUGGCAGAUGGGAGGAUGAUCAUUCGAAUUCAUCCCAAACAUUUGGAUCAGCUUUGCAAGUUGCUUCAUUUGUCAAAACGUUUGCAAAACAAGCGAUCUCCUGGCCACAGUGAAAUUGAAACUCCUGACGCCACUGAAGAGUUGAACCAACAUGUGUUGGAAGACUCAGGCAUUUGA